CUAUAAGCAAUACUGAGUUGUUGCAGUUUUCCUGUGCACGAGGGCCUUAAGCAAGGGGUGAUAAACACGGACUACGUUCGUUACGCCACUUCCAGCUUUAGUGAUCAGCGCGCGCAAGUUGAUUGAAGAGAAAUGCUGCUGGACUUGAGCUAUUCCUCUCGGAUCUAGAAGCAACGCUUUAGGUUAAUUUGUGGCGGAAAGAGACAAGUUUAAUCGGUGGAUGUGUGUAGCGCGCGAUGACUAGUCUCUCGUACGGCGCAAAAAGAAGUCUCCUCACAACAGUCAUGCAGUAAAGUUAAAUUUAUGAAAGCCGAAAGUCCAAGCAGGAACACGCUUCCCUGAUCGAUCAUUUUUCUCCGCCUAUUGUAUGGAUAUAGCGCUAUAUGUGUUAACGCCAAACAGCAUACAUUUUUCUAAGUGGAACAUUUGCCCACAUGCGCUAUAAACGAUAGCUGGAUGAAUCACGUUGUCACCGCGGCGGGUGGAAGUUUGAAUAAGCCGGUAAGAAUCUGUAUGUCCCAUUGUCAGCGGGAAGAAGCCGGUGAUGAAAACGCGGGUGGAUUUGUUUUGAUGAGGACAAAGUGAGAUGCCAGUGUGUUGAAUAGCGCGCGCGAUGCCGGGACUGCCGGAUGGGAGGACGCAUUGUACAUGCUGCGAAGAAAACUUAAUGCUCAGCGGCUACAGGAAUCUAUUGGCAUAGACCAAGUGCGAAGGAGUCCCCUGUGCAGCGGAACCGCGAUGCCGUAUCCGCGGCAGCAUCUGCGCAUCAGCCGAGGAUGCCAAUGUUUAUGGGCCUUACGGCCAUUGGCCCAGAUUGUUAUGAUGUAUUUCGGGAUAAUCCGGCAAUCGGCAUUAGCAAGUGCAGGAAAUGGUCAGAACAAGAUUAAGCCAUUUUAUUUUACCACUGAACCGGCAGAUGUAACUGCUGUUCGUGAUCGGCCUUUACUCUUGAAUUGCUCAACGUCCAGUCAACCAGAUGCUCAUGUGCAGUGGAAACGGGAUGAAGUUCCCAUCAGUCUUGCCGCCGACGGAAGAAGGUCGGUUUUAUCCAACGGAUCAUUGUUCUUCACAAAGAUCGUUCACAGUCGGACAGAUCGACCAGAUGAAGGCAUUUAUCAGUGCACUGUCACCAACAACAUCGGAACGAUCGUCAGUCGAGCGGCCAAAUUGCAGAUUGCCUCUUUACCGGCAUUCGAAGAUGAACCACAGAACCAGCAUCGCAUAGAAGGGCAGACGGCGCGAUUUGCUUGUAACACGCCGGCCCUUCCGUCGGCCAGCGUUACAUGGUACCGGGACGACAGGCCGGUAAUUCUGGAUGCUCGGAUGUUUAUUCUACCAAGUGGUGCACUAGAGAUUGGCGGUGUGCGGGCAGCGGAUGCUGGGAACUACAAGUGUAAAGCCGAGAACGCUGACGGGAGCAAAUUCAGCUCUGUUGGUCGAUUAACUGUGGACACUGAUCCAGAUCCAGAUGCCGAACUGCAAGCACCAGUAUUUUCAAUGCGACCAAAGCAAGUGACUGUGUUACGGGGUGGGAAAGCGGUUAUGGAGUGCGCGGCAUAUGGCUAUCCAGUUCCGGCUAUUACAUGGCUAAAAAAUGGACUUCCGGUCGAUACCAGGAACACGCGAUUUUCUAUUCUGGGCGUGGGAAAUCUCCAGAUUGAUAAUGCACAACUAGAUGAUGCCGGACAAUAUAAAUGUCGAGCUGAAAAUUCCGCUGAUAUAGUGGAAAGCUCGGCAUCACUAGAAAUUCAUGAAAUGCCGGUCUUUAUUAAACGACCUGUGGAUACCUACGGUCAGAAAGAUUCAGAUGUGUUGCUGGAAUGUGAAAUCCGGGGCGCACCGGAGCCGACAAUACAGUGGUACAAAAAUGGUGAUAUGGUCAUUCCGAGUGAUUAUUUUCAAAUUGAUAACGGGAGGAAUCUUCGGAUCCUGGGCUUGGUUAAAUCCGACGGCGGAGUGUAUCAGUGCUUCGGUAGCAAUGUCCAGGGAACAGUGCAGGCCACGGCACAGUUGGUCGUACUGGAUGCUGAUGGGACGAUGCCUGUAUUCCAUAAUAUUCCUGCUCCUCGUGUAGGUUCAGCGUCCUCUUUAACUAAUGUUCCCUCGUCGCCGCGGAAUGUCGUUACGCAUCUAAUUAGCUCACGCUUCGUAACACUAACCUGGCAAGCCCCUGCUACCACUAAUAUACCCCUUCUGACAUAUUCCGUCUACUACAAACAAGAGGGCUCCACGAGGGAGCGGGUCUUCAACACAUCCGCCGCCAACAAGGAGGCCAACAUUCAAGGCCUCCGUCCGGACACUAACUACGCUUUCCGGGUGGUGGCGUACAAUCGGCACGGCCCAGGAGAGUCAUCGGAAGAAGUACUGGUGCGGACGCAUCCUGAAGUCGAUGUACCGGGACCGGUGAAUAAUUUCCGCGUAUAUCCCUUGUCCACCACCGAGAUAAAACUGGAAUGGGACCGGCCUCACCAUGGCAGUGGAUCCAUACAGAAAUACAGGAUUUCGUACGGGAAAGUGGGCGCAGUACAACCAUCACAAGAACUAGAUACCGAAAAGCAGCAGUACAUCUUGACGAAUUUGAAUCCGUACACGGAAUAUGCGGUAACGGUUGUUGCAUUUAACGAAAACGGCCCUGGCGUCAGUUCGACCGAUGUCCACGUUCGUACUCACUCUGAUGUGCCGUCUGCUCCACCGGAGAAUGUUGUAAUUGAGCCAACGAGCGCAAACAGUAUUACAAUUCGAUGGGAACCACCGCUCACGGCGUCACAAAACGGCGUAAUCACCGGCUACAAAAUUCGCUACCGCAAUAAAAGUACAAAGAAGACGGAAGUGGCUACUGUGGACGGUAACCGGCGGACGCACACUAUCACCAGUUUAGAACGGGGUCAGCCCUACCUCUUCCGCAUUUCGGCGGCCACCGUCAAUGGCACAGGUCCACCGACGGAAUGGCUGACUGGAGAAACAUUCCGCGAUGACGUGGAUGAAUUGAAAGAACCGGGUAUGCCAAAAAUAACCCGCGCCCGUGCCACCGCCAAAAGCAUUAUCAUUAGCUGGUCACCGCCCAGUGAUUCCAAUGUGGUGGUGCGCGGCUACACCAUUGGGUGGGGCAUUGGAAUACCGGAUGUUUACACCAAAUUGGUGGAUAGUAAGGAGCGGUUUUAUUCCAUCGAGGAUCUAGAACCCGGUUCCGAAUACGUCAUAAGUCUCCGAGCAUUCAAUAACAUGGGUGACGGAAGGCCAACUUACGAAAGUGUUACAACCCGGCUUCCAUCAGCCCCAGCCGAACCAGCGACAACCAUCCUUCCACCCGUUGGGUUACAGGCACAGGUCAUCUCGGAAUCCAUGAUCAUUGUACGCUGGACGGACUCUUCGUUGCCCAACGGUCAGCCACCCUCCGACAGCCGAUUUUACACUAUUCGCUACUCGAAACUGCAUGGUGAUUCCCGGCCAAAAACCAUUGAUUCAACGGAUCUGGAGUGUCCUAUAAGCGGACUGCGACCCAACACCCAGUACAUCUUCGAAGUCCGAGUGACUCGUGGCGGCAUGCAGAGCACAUGGAGUUUGAGUGUCGUCAACAGAACGGCCGAAGCCGCACCGUCUUCGGCGCCGCUGGAUCUAACCGUUAUGUCCCUGGCCAAUAACCCAACCGCUGUGAUGAUUAACUACUCCCCACCUGAACUACCUAACGGAUUGAUAACCGGCUAUGUAAUUUUUUACACCGUCGACAAUUCCCAGCACGACCGCGACUGGGCCGUAGAGCCGGUAGUGGGUGAUAAACUAACCACGGUCAUCCGCGGCCUGUUGCCUAACACCAAGUACUACUUCAAAAUAACGGCACGCAACAGUAAAGGUUACGGGCCUCCAUCAGCGGUAGUGUCUUUCAUCACGGCACCGCCAGAUGCGGAUCCGCGAGCGUACUCCGAUGAACUGCUUCAAUUUGGCUCGUCCCAUGGGAUCGCCAUGAACACCUUGUACAUAAUUAUCGCCAUCGUUGCCAGCGUGACUGCUGUCGUCAUCGUCAUAAUAAUUAGUAUUUGCUGUUGGCGGAAACACAAGGCACCCUCUAAUCUGCGCAAAGGGACCAAUGGUUACAAGGCGGGCUCGAAGAAGAACAAAGCCGGCCAGCAGCAGACGGAUCUCAAAGCGCCCGAUCUCUGGAUGCAUCAUCACCAUCAUCCGGCCGACAAUGUGGAGCUGAAGCAUGUCGCGGAGAAAUCCCCCCAUGAAAUUGUCCCCAUCCUCAAGCAUUCCAACGAAUACACCAAUAACAUCAAUCUCUCAGCCACUUUAGAUCGAUUACAGAAGCGCACAAAUUCAUUUGUUGAUAUCAAGAACAACAUUGACGGCCGAGGCUACAAUGACAUGAAUAAAUUCAACAGUCUCAGCCGGCGGACCCAGCGACCUUUCCAAAUUACGUUGGAUCAACACUCACAAAAAGAGCCCAUUACCAACGUUGUGGGUAUGCCGAACAACACAGCCAAUAACGCCGCACGCAUUAAUCCUCCUGACAGCAUGCAGCGUAAUAUCUUUCCACUGCGCGGCGGUCAGCCGGUAAUCGGCGGCGGUGGCGGCACUGUACGCUUGCCGACCAUUGAAUGCAGUCCGCAUCAAUCGCUGGCAUCACCCGAUCCCUCCACACCGUCGACAUUCGAUGCCGGGAGUUCCGGCGCCGCGGCGCAGGGAUCAUCCGACACACUGCGCUCCGCAUCCCAUCGCGUGCCCCACCCGCUUAAGAGCUUUAGCGUGCCUGCGCCGCCUCCACAGCAUCAUCAUCAUCAUGUCAACGGUGCCGUGGCCGCCGCUGGGGCCAUGCAGCCAGCUGUUACCACUCCGAGGCAUUUAGCUGCCAAGCCUUUGGCUCAAAUCUCGGUGCCUCCCGUUGUCCAUCCACCGUUGACGGCCAUGAUGAACGGAAGUCCGUAUAAGCGGGCUCCCAUGACGGUGCCUAUACAAAAUCAACCAAAAGCGCAUAAACCACCUGUCACUUUCGCCGAUCUCCCUAGAAAGGAAGACGGAAGAUCAGCUCAUGGUUAUAGCACGGAAGAAUUGUCCCAAGAAAUGGCCAAUUUGGAAGGAUUAAUGAAGGACCUUAAUGCAAUAACUGCCUCUGAGUUUAUUAAUUGUUGAUACUUGUCGCAUAUUUGUAUUUUCUGUGUCAGCAGACAAAACUACUGUGAAAAGCUUUUUUGGUUGUCCGAUGCCUGUACAUGUACAAUUGUAGUCUGAUUACCAAAGAGUUCUACGUGGGAAGAAGUUUUUGUUCUCCGUAUAGUGUGUAUUUAUUAGCGGUGUUCUCAGUUACAAACGAUCUGAUUUUGUUGUCUGUUUUGUUGAAUGUGUUUAAUUAAAAAUUCCGUGAAGUGAAAAAA